UGCGGCUCGAAUAAAGAAGAAAAAGAAUCAGAGAAUAAAAACCAGCUGAUGAUGAAGAGAAGAGAUGAAGCUGCUUCCGGAGCCGAGACCAGGUCCCGGUCCGAGUCCCUCAUCUGAAGCCGGUCCCGGAUCCUGACGGGGGUCCGGAUCCCCUCAGCGGCUCCGCUCUUUGUCAGCAGGAUCACACACGGAGGGACCGGGAUCCGGGACCCGGGCUGGUUAGAGGGAUCUCUGGAGGAAGCGGAUCCAGAGGGACUCUCUGAGGGUUUAACAGGCUCAGGACCCGGACCUGGACCCGGACCUGGACCCGGGUCCGUUUGACGGGAUUUCCUGCAGGAUCUGAGCUGCUGCGGGUCGGUUCUCUGCCGGAUCUCAUCACCUUUUGUCUGCAGGAAGCAGCGCUGAUGCUGCGGUGACGGAGCCGGAUCAGCAGGAUCCGGAUCAGCAGGAUUAGCUCUUUAAUCACCGUUUUAUCUCUUAAUGCGGAUUUACCAGAAACUCCUCCUGGAUUAAUCACCUGAGAACUGCUGGAUUAUUAAUUAUUCCAUUAUUUAUUAUAGUAGCUCCUCUUCAUCAUAUCUUUGUGUGGGAUUAAUCUCAGUCCCGGACCCGGUUUACCCUGGUCCUGGUCCUGGUCCUGUCCCUGUCCCUGUCUCUGGUCCUGGUCCUGGUCCUGGUCUCCACCAUGCCGGAGUGUGUCUCUGUGUCAGACUUCCUGCAGGAGGUGCAGGAGGACUGGAGCUCCCCCACCACCUCCUCCUUCACCUCCAAGAUGAUCAGCUGCAGGAACACGGUCUACCUGCUGGAGGAGGUUCUGGACAGUGACCGGUUGGUGCUGCAGAAGAUGAAAAAAGCUGCUAAAGCCAAAUAUGCAUCAGGACAAGACCACGUGUCCCACCUGGAGCACUACAUCAACUCCAUGGAGAAACUGUCCGUCAACUGCCACUCCAACGGAGAGACGGAGGUCGGCUCCGCCUUCUGCCGCCUGGCCGACUUCUCUAAAGAGCUGCUGUCCCCCAUGAAGAACCUGUUGAAGAGCAUGCUCCACAACAUCAACUUCUUCCUGGACUCUCUGGUGAAAGGAGACCUGAGGGAGGUGAAGGGGGACCUGAAGAAGCCUUUUGACAGAGCCUGGAGGGACUACGAGAGCAGAUUUAAGCAGGUGGAGAAGGAGAAGAGGGAGUUGGCUCGUCAGUACGGGAUGGUGAGGAGCGAGGUGAUUGGAGGAGAGAUCGCCGAGGAGCUGGAGAAGGAGAGACGCUCCUUCCAACUGAGCAUGUGCGAGUAUCUGAUUAAAGUCAACGAGAUAAAGACGAAGAGAGGAGUCGACCUUCUGCAGAACCUCAUCAAACACUAUCACAGCCACAACAAUUUCCUGCAGGAGUGUGUGUCCACCACUCAGAGGCUGAAGCAGUACAUGGAGGAGCUGAACGGAGUCCUGAACUCGGUGAAGCAGCGUCAGGAGGAGGAGAAGAAGCAGCUGGUGACUCUCAGAGAUCAGCUGAGGCCUGUAGUCCACACAGAGCAGGACUCUCUCCCUAAGCAGGUGUACAGCAUGCAUCAGCUGCUGGGAGACAAACAGUUCGGGACAGAAAGGACAGGAUUCCUCUACAAGAAGAGCGACGGUUUGAGGAAAAUGUGGCAAAAGAGAAAAUGUUCAGUCCACGACUGUUACCUGACCAUCGCACACGCCACCCCUAAUAAACCUCCCACCAGACUGAACCUGCUCACCUGUCAGGUCAAACCCAGCGUGGAGGACAAGAAAUGCUUCGACCUCAUCUCUCAUAAUCGGACCUACCACUUCCUGGCUGAAGAUGAAGCUGAAUGUUUGGCCUGGAUCUCGGUGCUCAGCAACAGUAAGCAGGAGGCGCUGAACGAGGCUCUGGACGGGGGGAGGCGAGGAGGAGCAGGAGGAGCAGGAGGAGGAGGUGAGAGCAGCGUGGAGGAUCUGACCCGAUCGAUCACUGACGACAUCAGGAGGAUGCCGGGAAACAACAGCUGCUGCGACUGUGGAGCUCCAGAUCCUGGAUGGCUCUCCACCAACCUGGGCAUCCUGACCUGUAUCGAGUGUUCUGGGAUCCACCGGGAGAUGGGGACCCACGUCUCCAGGAUCCAGUCUCUGAGCCUGGACAGUCUGGGGACCUCAGACCUGCUGCUGGCGAGGAACGUUGGGAACUCUGGUUUCAACGAGAUACUGGAGGCGAACCUGCUGAGUCCUUCUCUGAAGCCCUCGCAACACACACACAUGGGGGAGCGUAAAGACUUCAUCCUGUCCAAGUAUCAGGACGUUUACUUCGUGAGGCGGAGCCACAGCUCUCCUGCAGCGCAGCGACUCGGCCUGCAGGAGGCGACACAGAGCUGCGACAUCUACAGUCUGAUCCAGCUCUACGCUCAGGGGACCGCCCUCAGCCAGGCCCUACCAUCACACAUACAGGAGAGAGGCGAGACGGCGCUCCAUCUGGCCGUCCUAUUGGCUGACAGGACGUCGCUGCACAUCGUCGACUUCUUGGCUCAGAACUGCUCUAACGUGGACUCGCAGACGUCAGGAGGAAACACGGCGCUGCACUACAGCGUCCAGCACAACAAGACCGACUGUGUUCGGCUGCUGCUGAGAGCCAGAGCCAACACACACACUCAGAACGAGGUUGGAGAGACGGCUCUGGACGUGAGCCGCAGGUUGAAGCACAGCCACUGUGAGGCGCUGCUGCAGCAGGCCCAGUCCAACCAGUUUGACCAUCACGUCCAUGUGGAGUACGAGUGGCGUCUCCGCCAUGACGAUCUCUACGACAGCGACGAUGACUUUGAUGAAAAGAACGGUCCCGUGAAGAAGGAGCGCUCCUUCUCCUCCUCCUCCUUCACCUCCUCCUUCUCUUUCACCUCGCGGCCCUUCAGCUUCAGUCAGUCCGGCCCCUCCUCCUCCUCCGGCCCCCCUCCCUCCUCGGGGGUCUCAGGAGGAGCAGGAGGAGGUCUGCUGAGUGUGGGGAGGAGGCUGGCCAUGGCCAUGGAGCUCCACAGCCGGCCCUCUGGCUGCUCCUCCAGCCCUCCUCCUCCUCCUCCCUCCUCACCUGCACCUCCUCUGCCCCCCAGGGUCAAAGCUCCUAAUGUUCCUCCUCCUCCUCCUCCUGCUGCUGGUGGGGAAGGAGGUGGUGAGGAGGAGGAGGAGGAGGAAGAGGGGGAGGUGUUCUUCUCCCUGACAGGAAACAGGAAGUCGACUCCUCCUCCCAUCGCCGUCCGCCACAAGAGGAGCAGCUCCGAGUCCAGCAAGCACGAGUUCAGGUUACCAGCCAGUCCCAGGAUCUACAGCGGUCCAGACUCCUCCUUUAAGAAGUGUGUUCCGUCUUCUCCUCUCAGCUCGCUGACUGAAAGACCAGAACGAGAACGAGGUUUUCGGAGGGCGGAGAGUGAUGACAGCUCCUCCCACUUCCUGCACCCGACCAGGAAGGCUCCGCCCACCAGCUCUCCGACCAGCCCGCGCUCCCACAGCUUCGACAGCGACCAGCGACGCCCCGCCCCCCAGCCGCUUCCUCGCCGAUCAUUGCCUCGGGGGGCGACCAGCCGCCGGGUCGAGGCGUUGUACGACUGCCAGGCGGACCACCACGACGAGCUGAGCUUCUCUGAGGGUCAGGUGCUGGUGGUCCUGGGGCAGGAGGACAGUGAUUGGUGGCAUGGUUAUAUAGAGGAUGAACCGGACCAGAGAGGUUUGUUUCCAUCCUCCUUCGUCCAGCUGCUCUCAGACUGAAUGUUGGCCGAACCAGACCAGAGACCAGGACGGAUCCAGACCAGAGACCAGGACGGAUCCAGACCAGAGACCAGGACGGAUCCAGACCACAACCUGGAGCUCAGGAGAACCAAACCAAACCAGAUGAAACAGAACUGAGCAGCAGCUGAAGCUGGGCUCAGACUUUCAGGUUUUUGUCCCGGGACUCUGGACUGAUCCGGUCCCGACCAGCUCAGACCUCCAGAGUUUCUGAUGCCUUCUGUUAACACGGAGACGUUUCAGGUGACCUUUUAGUUCAGAAUCCAGAAUCUAGGGACGCGUUCACCCAAGACCUUUAGUUAAACAAAACGUUUAACACCCAGAAGCACACUGACUUGUUUUAAAUAUAUCAGGUUUCAACAGUUUUUACAGGCCCAGAGUCCAGCUGGAAGACUUUACGUAGAAUAAAUUACAUACAAAAGCACAAACGAAAUCAUGGUUUCAUUUUUAGUUAUCACUUAAUUUUGACCAAAACAAAGAGGUAUAGUUAUAGUUUUUUCUAGUCACUAGAGGGUUGGAGGUAUAUUUUGGGCUGUUUCACUAGAAACCAUAGAAGAAGAAGCGUGGUCAGCGUUGUGGACGCGUCCCAUUCUGGAUCUGGUCUGUUUGUAGCUCGGGUCAUGUGAUAACGUCUCCGUCUGCCUCACACAAGCCGAUCAGCUCAAUACUUUAAUUUAUUUAUUUAUUUUAAAUUAAAAGUAAUAUUUUAUUAAGCACACAGAGACUUAACUUGCUUAACUUGCUUACUUAACUCAGUUGACUUUAUUUUUCCUGUUGUUUUUAUCGUCAUGUGUUUGUUGUUGUUGUUGUUGUUGAUCCGGCGGAGACGCCGCCACACAAGCUGCUUCUGUCCCGUCUCAGGCUCCGCCUCCUCGCCCACGCGGUCCAACCAGUGACCAGAGCACAAAGCAUUGUGGGAAACAGAGGAAUGACAUCAGAGGAGGCGGAGCCUGAAAGGAGACAGCUGAAGCUUCCAGCUGCCUUCGAUGUCUCCAGAUAUCAAAACGCCUCAGUGAGUAAAAAUGAGUUCCUGCCACGAUAUCACAAACGUUUCCACUCAGUUAGUCACGAAACAUUUUCACAUUAGAACAAGAUACUUUAAUGCUUUCAGGACGGAUUUUAUUAUCGCUACGUACCAAAUAAUUCAGUUUCAACAAGAAACUUUCAUCAUGUUAUAUCGAACAUUUUUUCCUUUUUACAAAAUGAAUAUUGUGAAACAAGAAAA